GAGCGCCGGAGCGCCGCCCGGAGGCCGCCCUGCAGGUUCUGCCUCUCCCAGGACGUUCGUGGCCCCGCCCACCUGACAAAGCAACACGGACACCAUGCAGGGGGCUCUGAUGCCCUUGCCUUCGCUGCUGUUGUUGCUGUUGGGGUGUGGGCCAAGACUGUCUUCUGGCGGCGGAGCUGGGGGCGCAGCUGGCUAUGCCCCGGUAAAGUAUGUGCAGCCCAUGCAGAAAGGACCAGUGGGACCGCCUUUCCGAGAGGGCAAAGGCCAGUACUUGGAAAUGCCUCUACCGAUGCUACCAAUGGACUUGAAAGGAGAGCCAGGACCCCCUGGGAAGCCGGGACCUCGGGGUCCUCCUGGGCCUCCUGGCUUCCCGGGAAAGCCAGGGACUGGAAAACCUGGGGUCCAUGGACAGCCAGGCCCUGCUGGCCCCCCUGGCUUCUCCCGGAUGGGCAAAGCUGGUCCCCCAGGGCUCCCAGGCAAGGUUGGACCACCAGGGCAGCCAGGGCUACGGGGGGAGCCAGGGAUACGAGGGGACCAGGGCCUCCGGGGGCCCCCAGGACCCCCUGGCCUUCCCGGUCCUUCAGGUAUUACUGUCCCUGGAAAACCAGGUGCCCAAGGGGCUCCAGGGCCUCCAGGAUUUAGGGGGGAGCCAGGACCCCAGGGAGAGCCUGGACCCCGAGGAGACAGGGGCCUCAAAGGGGAUAAUGGAGUGGGCCAACCAGGGCUGCCUGGGGCCCCUGGACAGGCAGGUGCUCCUGGGCCCCCUGGGCUGCCUGGUCCAGCUGGCUUGGGCAAACCAGGUUUAGAUGGGAUACCAGGAGCCCCUGGAGACAAAGGUGAUUCUGGGCCCCCUGGGGUUCCAGGCUCUAGGGGAGAGCCAGGAGCUGUGGGUCCAAAAGGCCCCCCUGGGGUAGAUGGUGUGGGGAUACCAGGCACAGCAGGGGUGCCAGGGCCACAGGGUCCUGCUGGGGCUAAAGGGGAGCCAGGGCUCCGGGGUCCCCCUGGCCUGAUAGGCCCUGUUGGCUAUGGGAUGCCAGGAAAACCAGGACCUAAGGGAGACAGGGGCCCAGUUGGGGCCCCAGGGCUCUUAGGAGACAGAGGUGAGCCAGGAGAGGAUGGGGAGCCAGGGGAGCAGGGUCCACAGGGACUUGGGGGUCCACCUGGCCUUCCUGGAUCUGCAGGACUUCCUGGUAGACGUGGGCCCCCUGGGUUAAAGGGAGAGGUAGGACCUGGAGGUCCCCCAGGAGUGCCUGGCAUUCGAGGUGACCAAGGGCCUAAUGGCCUGACUGGAAAGCCUGGGCUCCCUGGUGAGAGGGGACUUCCUGGGGCCCAUGGACCCCCUGGACCAACUGGACCCAAGGGUGAGCCAGGUUUUACAGGUCGCCCUGGAGGGCCAGGGGUAGCAGGAGCCCUAGGACAGAAAGGUGACUUGGGGCUUCCUGGGCAGCCUGGCUUGAGGGGUCCCUCUGGAAUCCCAGGACUCCAGGGUCCAGCUGGCCCUAUUGGGCCCCAGGGUCUGCCAGGCCUGAAGGGUGAACCAGGCCUUCCAGGGCCUCCUGGAGAGGGAAAAGUGGGGGAGCCCGGCUCUGCUGGUCCUAUAGGGCCUCCUGGAAUCCCCGGCUCCCCAGGGCUCACAGGUCCUCCUGGGCCCCCUGGGCCUCCUGGGCCUCCUGGUGCUCCCGGAGCCUUGGACGAGACUGGUAUCGCAGGCUUGCAUCUGCCCAAUGGUGGCGUGGAGGGGGCUGUACUGGGCAAAGGGGGCAAGCCACAGUUUGGGCUUGGUGAGCUGUCAGCCCACGCCACUCCAGCCUUUACCGCUGUGCUCACCUCCCCCUUCCCUGCCUCAGGCAUGCCAGUUAGGUUUGACCGGACUCUCUACAAUGGCCACAGCGGCUACAACCCAGCCACUGGUAUUUUUACCUGCCCCGUGGGAGGCGUCUACUACUUUGCUUACCACGUGCAUGUCAAGGGCACCAAUGUGUGGGUAGCCCUGUACAAGAACAACGUACCCGCCACCUACACGUACGACGAAUACAAGAAGGGCUAUCUGGACCAGGCCUCCGGAGGGGCUGUCCUUCAGCUGCGGCCCAACGACCAGGUGUGGGUGCAGAUGCCCUCAGACCAGGCCAAUGGCCUCUACUCCACCGAGUACAUUCAUUCUUCCUUCUCAGGAUUCUUGCUCUGUCCCACAUAACCCGUGGGGGGCCCUGCUGCCCUGGCCUCCUCCUCUUUAGCAAUAGAGAGACCUUUCCAGUUACAGAGAUCUCCAUUGGAGAAAAAGCUGAACAGAGGCGGUGGCGGCCUUGGCCCGAGAAGACUGACCUGCUUUCUGUAGGCUGAAGUUGUUUCUGGAAGAGGUUGGCCUAAUUUCCUUUCCCCCAGGUGCACUGUGGGGGUUGUACUCCUGUUCUGGACCUGCCUGGUCUGCAGGCAGCACCCCAGAGCACUCAGCCUGGCCCCCUCGUGAGUCCUGGAAGCCGCUGGGAGAGAGGACGUUCCUCUUGGCCUUAGAUGGCAUGGAAUGUGUCCAGGGCUUCCUGUGUUCCCUGGGUCUCUUCCAGCUCCCCAGGAGCCUCCAGCACCAGCAUGCGAUACAUUAGGUUCUCUGAGGUUUUUGUUUCCUUUUGGGAGAAAGGAAGAAGGGAAUGGGGGACCAUGGAGGCAGUUGAUAUGGAUGGUGGACGCCUGGAGUGAUGUGAGCUCAGACCAGUCCCAGCAGGGACAGUUGUAUGGCCCUUGCUCCUGGCCUCUGGAAGACUCCUGAAGCAGCCAGCCAUCUGUGGAGAUCUGUGAGGGGACAUGGAUCAGGGGCAAGCUGGUCACUCUUCUGUUUCCCUGGCUAUUGCCAUUGGUUCUGACUCUUCAGCAUGAGGGUGGACAGCCUCGGGCUGAGAUGAGGCAACCAGGACUGAUGAUCGAGCAAACAUGAUGCCCCUCCCUCUUUCCUCUCACCUGCUGGGGGUUGGGUAAUUCCCUCAUUAUCAGAUUGUUAGGGGAUGCUUGGCAACCCCAAACUAAGUGUCUUCAAGGCAGAGCGCCUCUUGUUGGGGUCUCUGAACAGAGGCACACAUGCUUGUGGGUGAAGAGUUCUGUUUCUCCUUAAUAAGAACCACGCUGUGGGUAUUUAGUGUCUACUAGAGGGGCUCAUCUGUGGGCACUUCCUCUCUCUCCGCCCUCUGCUUUCAAUUUCCUGUUCUCAGCAGUGUUAGGGCCCAGGAGGCUAAGGCUCUGGAAGAAAGGAUGCCAGCAGGCCCCACUGGAAUGAGCUGGCUCUAGAAGCUUCUACCAUCCUCACUAAUCAGGACGCUCCUGCAGGAAACAGGCGGGCUUGCUUCCCAGCUGGGCUCAGUGCUGCAGGCUUGGGGAUGGUGGACAUUCUUGCCUAUGUAAGGGUGACUGCUUUCUCUGUGGUUCCUCAGCCCUCACCUAGUCAGCCCACUCCACUGUACCAAGUGUGCGAGUGUGAAUCCGGAACAUCAAACAGGCAAUCCAGGUCGUGCUCCAAUUUGGGCGCAUUCAACUGCCCAUGCUGACAGACUGAGGAUGAGGGUCUAACCUUCUUCCCGGCCUUCAACUGCAAAGCAGCCUAGCAGACUUAAGGUUCCAAAGUGGGGAUCUGCCUGCAACAGUAAGAAAAAGUUCUGCCUGGGACUUUGUGUCCUUUUUUUUUGCCACACCCAAGAGAAUCAGCUAGAGUCUCAGAGCAUCCCUGUUGGGCUUUUCCAGUCUCCUCCUUCACCGGGUCAAAGCCACUAAUCUGAUGGGUUCCGGUGGUCAGAGAUGAGUCAGCUCCCAGAGGAAGCCCUGAAAGCUGGCUCAGGGCAGAGCUGCCAGACCCCACCCUUUAAAAAAGCCUUUAAGAAAGGAUUCUGAAAUAUCUGGACUGGAGCUGUAGGUGUCACUGACCAGCUUUGACAAACAACGUCAGGCUUUAAUAAUGACAACUACACUUACCUUGUGCAUUUUUGUAUUUUGGCUUUUUUUUUUUUUUUUUAAGAUUAAGGUUUUUCCACCCUGGAUUUCAUUUCUAACCUGGUAUAGGAUGUUCCUCUCUACUUCCCACAUACCCCAUGUCAGGUUCAGGGAAAAUGCACCAGGGAAUCAGAGAAAAUGGGAUUUCUUUUUGAAAAUUACAGUACUGUUACUGACCACCCCCAAUAAAACCUGUUGUAGAAACACA